AGGCCCAAAUGUGACCUAAAAGUCACCGAAGCUCCUGCUGUGCUACAGCAAGGUCUUGGGCUGCACCAGCACAAGCUGGGUACCUAUUAUUGUUUUGGCACUCUUUCAAAGCAAUGAUGCAUAAAAAAUAGAAACACAAAGAAAACCGAAGCCAGUUGCCACGAUUCAAUUGUUCUCGACAAAAGAAACAAAAGAAGACAACGAGCCGCCUACGACAAUGAACCGGCAGACUACACCCUUUAUCAAUGGAAUGCGCGACUGCCGACCCUGAUAUUCCGCCGCUUUAAAGACCUGAGGGAGAUCCCUCGACGCGCCCUACUCCUCGUCCCGUUCUCGACCGGCAUCUCUUGUAUUCGGUUUAUAUCCUCUCAAAAACGAAACAUACAUCUAUACCCUCCUCUAGACUAGACUGCCACACCGGUUUUUUUUUUUCAUUUGUUUUCUUCUCUUCGAAAUGGAAUCACCAACGAUUGCGCCGCCAGACGCACUGGCGGAUGCACCCUCAAAGGGAAACGCUCCCACAAAAGCUCAGAUAAAGCAGUCGAUGUUCAUCAAGUGUUUGAAUGGCUUCCAGCUCGAAAACAAGAUCGAGAGCCUCGAGCAGCUCGACGAUGGCAUCGUCUUCUCCGAGAUCCUGCGGGACUUGGACCCAGAGAUCUCAUUACCUACACUAACGAAACCCGCGGUCAAAUGGGUUGACAAGACGGCAAAUCUUGAGGCCGUGUUUAAAGCUCUGGACAAAUAUCUAUACGGAAUGCCCGACCUCGAAUGGCUAGCUCGCUCGUACGAUCCGCGAAAGAUUGCCAGGAAUUUUGAGGAUGUCAACGGUCUCUGCGAAGUUGCUACAGUCAUUAUUUAUGCUUCCGUCAAGGGACCCCACGUUGGGAGGCUGGUGCCUGCCAUGCGGGCGAACAUGUCAGAGACGGAGUCUGCAUUACUGAUGCAGAUUCUCGAGGCAAAGGACAAGGAGAACAGAGCUAUGGCUUCCUCAAACAAGGCUGCUGCUGCGCCCAAAAAAUCACUCGACACGACUGAUUCAACUCGUGAUCUCGAGUUGCAGAUGGAAGAGGAUCGAGCAAGAAUGCUCAUGUUGCAAAAGCAGAACGCAGAUCUGAAUACGCGGCUGGAUCAUGCCCAGCUAGCCUGCGAGGAUCUGAAAGAUCGCAAUGCUGCUCUUCUCGGCGAGCUGGAUGAUGCGCGCAAGUCUCAGUCUGGUAACGCAGAUGCCCGUAUCAAGUACCUUGAGAACCACAUUCGGGAACUUGACGAGCUCAUUGCUACCCAGGAGAUGACGAUAAGCGAGGACAAGGAGGCACUUGCUCGGUGCAGGAACGAAAUAGCUCAGCUCUCCAAGACGGCAGAAAAGGCGCAAUCUCUAGAGGAUGAAGUCAAGGUACUGACGAACGAGAACGCCGAACUAUCCAAGAAGGCCAACGUUGCUGCGAGGUACAAGGAUAAGCUCGAGAGAUUAAAACACUCCGAGAAGGAUAUCGAGACCCUCAACUAUGUGAUAUCAGGGUUGGAGGACAAGGUGAAAAUACUCGAGAAGGAGCAACUUCGAGCGGAGGCGCAGGAAAAGAUCAUCGGCAACUACCGCGAAUGGCAGCAACGGCACGAGACGGACCUCAACGAUAUGCGCGAGCAGAAGAACAUGCUUGCUGACCAACUGGCUCAUCGGACCCAAGAACUUCAGCGCUUGCUUGACCAAAGAGCUCUCGAUGAGUCGCUGAUCAAUGAACUGAGAGAGCAGAUUGCGGGCACCGGCGACGUACCUUCAUCACCAAGCCCAGAACCCGGAGCGCAGCGAGAUGAGUCGCAGCACGAGGUUGCAGCUCUCAAGUUGGAGAUUCAAAAGAUCAAGGCAGAGAACAACUUGCUACGGAACAACAUGGGCAUAGCAUCUGCCACGGAUCAGCUGCGAGCAGAACUCGAGGCAUCAAGGCGAAAUGAAGCUAGGCUCACAGAUAAGCUGCAUGAAGUGCGCAAGGACUACGCCUUAGCUCAAGAUCAGCUUCAGGGGCUACUCAACAACACAACCGACGAAGGGAGCCAACUCUUCCGCGACUUACAACGGACCAUGUUCCAGUCGCGCCAAGAUCGGGACAAGGCUCAGGAGCAGGCCCUAAAGCUCGAGGCCGAAGUCAAGGACAGGGACCGCGAGCUCCUGGCCCUCAAGACGGACUACAAGGUUGCUACCCAGAGUUCGGUCGAUGCGCUCGAGGAACUCAAAAAGACCGACCAGCUCAUCUCGAACUCGUUGCGUGACGAGCUCGACAGCCUGCGUACUGCAUUUGACUCGCUCAAGCUUGACACACAGGAGCAGCAAAAGCAGCUCAUCGAGGCGCUCGUAUCGCGCGAAAAGCUGCGCAAGGAACUCGAGGAUGCCGGCAAUGGCGCACAACAACCUGCUGCCGAGGGUCUGGCUGGUCUGGACCGGGACGCCAGCAACGAGCUGAUGCAGAAGCAGGCUGAGAAGCUUGAGAAACUCAAGGAGAAGUGCCAGUCACUGCUUACGCAACUACAAAAGAACGAACAAGAGCGGUAUGAGUUGCAACGACGACUUAAGGCAGCCGAAGGCGGCGAAGCAUACGCUUCCCUCAAGGCCACUACCGACCAGAUAAUCAAGAACCUCCAGCGUGAGAACGCGAUGAUCUCAACGGCGUGGUACGAUCUCACCAGCCGACUGCAAAGCAACCAUGUUGUUCUGCAGAGGAGGCAGGACAUGCCCAAGAGCUGGUUGAACAAGCAGAGGCAGAUGGUCAACGAAGAUAGGAGCUUCAAGGUGUGUAGACUGCAGACUGGCAUCGCGGCCAGAUGUCACCUUGACGGGGACACUGCGGUUCCCGUCUUUGUCUUUUUGGAGCGAAGACCACUCAACUACAACAACCAGGACGCCAGCUUUUUUUCCUACGAGGAGAGUGAUCACAAGCUCAAUUAG